AUGGGAUCGUCACUGGUCUAUGCGGGGAGACCACCGCCAAAGACGCUAAAGGCUGACGGCCAUGAAUCUGGACCCCUCGCCUGCGCACAUUCCCUCCAUCAGAUGCGACCUGGUGGGCAACAAUGCCCCCGUCUAACCUGCCUGGAAGGGCGAAACGAGCCAGGCGGGCGUUCCAUGACUUUCUAUGAAGAGAAACGUACAGGCUUCCCUUGCCCCGAUUCGCCCAGCCGUGGCCUGCUCGGAUAUCUGUCCUCCGAGGACUUUAUUCUGGCUUAUCUGCAAGAUGACCACUCACUGGUCCCCUCCGGUCUGUCCCUCUGGGCUCUUCUAGUCUCUGCGUUCUCCCUGGCAUAA